CCUGCACCUGUCCGACCCCCAGGUCCCAUUCCAGAACAACGACAUUUGGGAUCCAGCAGUCCUUUUGCUCCCCUUCAACCCCGACACGAACACGACGCUCGCUGUCACCCUCGACACGAUAUCAUCACCACUCUUUUAUUUUGCCGCCUCAGUCGUUGAAGUAUUCGACGACUCCUUGACCGACCUCAUUCUACACUAGGAGUCCCCGUCACCGUCAAGAUGAUCCGUAGAAAGAAGAACGUGAAGAAGGGAAUCCAGUUCUGUUUGAUGGUCUGCGGAGCAUCAGGCACUGGAAGAACCACCUUUGUCAACACUCUUUGCGGAAAGAGCGUCCUCGGCCACAAGGAGGCGGACGACCCCAACGCCGCCUCUGUCGAGGAUGGUGUCAAGAUCAAGCCCAUCACUGUCGAGUUAGAGCUGGACGAGGAGGGUACCCGUAUCUCCCUGACCAUCGUUGACACCCCGGGAUUCGGUGACCAGAUCGACAAUGAAGCCAGCUUCGCAGAGAUCGUCGGCUACCUCGAGAGACAAUACGACGACAUUCUCGCCGAGGAGUCUCGUAUCAAGCGUAACCCCCGUUUCAGAGACAACCGGGUUCACGCCAUGCUCUACUUCAUCACGCCCACCGGCCACGGUCUCCGCGAGUUGGAUAUUGAGCUCAUGAAGCGUCUUGCCCCCCGUGCCAACGUCAUUCCUGUCAUUGGCCGCGCCGACUCCCUGACCCCGGCGGAGCUCGCCGAGUCGAAGAAACUUGUGAUGGAGGACAUCGAGCACUACCGCAUCCCCGUCUACAACUUCCCCUACGAUAUCGAGGAAGAUGAUGAGGAUACUGUCGAGGAGAACGCUGAGCUGAGAGGUCUGAUGCCGUUCGCCAUUGUCGGUUCCGAGGAGGUUGUCGAGAUUGGCGGCCGUGCCGUCCGCGCCCGCCAGUACCCCUGGGGUGUUGUCGAGGUUGACAACCCUCGCCACUCCGACUUUCUUGCUAUCCGCUCUGCUCUUCUUCACAGCCACUUGGCUGAUCUGAAGGAGAUCACCCACGACUUCCUCUACGAGAACUACCGUACCGAGAAGCUCAGCAAGUCUGUUGAGGGCGGUGCUGGAGUUGACUCGUCCAUGAACCCCGAGGACCUCGCCUCCCAAUCUGUGCGCCUCAAGGAGGAACAGCUGCGGCGAGAGGAGGAGAAGCUCCGUGAGAUCGAGAUCAAGGUCCAGCGCGAGAUCAACGAGAAGCGCCAGGAGCUCUUGGCCCGCGAGUCCCAACUUCGCGAGAUCGAGGCCCGUAUGCAGAGGGAACAGUCUGCAGCAGCUGGCGGCCCCGCCGAGGCCAACGGCGACCACGAAGCCAACUAAUGCACCAAUUCUGGCCCCCACUUAUGGUUACCCCCGAAACUGCGACGUUGGUCAUUUUCUAUACUGGCGUUGGUUUCCGUGCUGUGUUGACAGAGAAAGAACACUAUUCCCCUAUGCGAGUUCGUUUCUCUUGACACGAAGAUAAAACCCCAAAAAGGUCUACUACGAAUGCGACGACUGGGAGAGGCUACCGGUUGGGUAGAGUGCGGGAAGAGGCGGUGUACGUUCUUUGGGGCGGUGGUUCGAGAGGUCUUUGGGCCGGCAUCAGGGACAUGGGACGUGCGGACCACCUACCGCUCAUCAAUCUGUUUCUGUCAUCCCUACCACGCUACCCGCCCGCAUCUUUCCAGCCGUGUCUUUGUAGCCCUUUUCAUUAACGCCCCCAUUUCUCUUUUCUAUUAGUGGACUUCUAAUGCAGAUAUCAAAUUACUUUACCGCUUCUG